AUGGCAAGUUGGGAUGAGACGUCUGAGAAGAGUUUAUGGACCAUGAACUGCUUGGUUGAAGUCCCUGCUAUCAUGACAGUUCAGGUGGGGCAGUUCAAAAAAGAGGAAAAUGUAAAAGCUUUGUUUUGCUUACAGAAACUUCUUACAGCUGCAGAGGAGGGGAAUAUAAAAGAGGUAGAAUUAUGUAUAAAGAACAGAACUAACUUGGAAUGUAGAGAUGGUGAUUAUGGAUUGACACCAUUAAUGUUGGCAGCUGAGGGAGGACACCUGGAGGUGAUGACUUACCUGGUCACUCACCGCAGUCAGUUAGAGACUACAGACAAGAGAGGAAAGACACCAUUAAUGUGGGCGGCUUGGGGAGGAAACCUGGAGGUCGUGACUUACCUAGUCACUCACGGCAGUCAGUUAGGCACUACAGACUGGUUUGGACAAACAGCUUUACAUCUUGCUGCUGAGUUUGGACAGAUUGAUAUAACAAAAUGUUUAAUAGAUCAAGGAUGCAGUCCUUGGGUGAAAUCAUUGGAGGGUAAGACUCCUUAUGAUCUGGUAACAAUAUCAACGUAUUGUUCUAAAAAGAAGAAGAAAAAAGUGAUGGACUUCCUUAAGACUGUCAUGUCAAAGACAUCCCCAGAAGUAACUCCUGACACCCAUUUACAGGAACCUGCAGCACCAGUAGUUGAAGACAGCAAAAUACCAGAACAAAUAAAAAAUAUGGAUCAUGAGUCGAUUGACAUUUAUCUGAACGCCCUUGAAUCAGGUUCAGAACGAAGACGGGAUAUAAAUUUAAUAAUUGUUGGAAAGAAAUCUGUUGGAAAGACUUCCUUAGUACGAAGAUUGUUUGGGGAGGAGUUACAAAGCGUAAAAAGCACAAAUGGUAUAGAAAUUCAUCGGCGGAGAUGUCGAAUAAAUCUAAGUAACUGUGAAUGGAAUAAAGUGUUAGAUACAGGAUUAGUGAAAGAAGCAAGUAUCAACAAUAGAAUAUUGCAGUCAAUUGUCAAAGAGUUGCAUCAAAAUAAAGAAAAACCAAAGCAUGACAUAUUGGAGAUAUCUUCAUCAGAUCAGAUAUCAACGGAUGAUAAUAAGGGCAAAUUCACAAAAAAUAUUGAACAUGACGAAGAAUCUCAACCCAAAAUGAAUUAUCAGUUUGCUUAUCCGGAGAUUACAGAAUCGCCGUUGUCUAAACUGGCAAAGGAUGAGCUGUUAAGUAUAAUCGGAUCUGCUGUAGACUUACAAGACGAAGACGACUAUGCAAAUUUAACAGUGUGGGAUUUUGCUGGUGACAUUGAGUAUUACAACACACAUCAAACGUUUUUGAAUUCAGAAGCAAUUUUUCUUGUCGUAGCAAAUUUACAUGACAUAGAUGACACAGUAUCCUACGGUUUGUAAAGUCAAGAUAUAAUUAUAUUAAACCUAGAUACGAAUUAUUCUUGAUGUUCAGUUCAUAUAAAAACAAUGAAACUAAACAUUUAAGACAGCACAUUUUAAUACGUGGCUUUUUUGUUAAAUGAUUUUUAUUAUUUGCUCUAAACGACACUAAUUUUCGUGUUUCAUUUAAUAUAGCCAUUUGCUAUCUUCACUUGCAUUUAGAAAUUGACAAUGAGGAUCGGAUGAAAACAAAAGUUUGUGACAAAAGAGAUGACUUAGCUUUCCAAUUGUUCUUUCAUUUUCUAUGUAGCAACAUUCUAGCAGUGUCUUCCCAUGAAGUAUAUAUCUCCAAAUUGAUACAAUAUUCUAGGACUUGUAUUUCCUAUCAUGAUGUCCUUAUAAGAAGGUUGCUGCUCACACAAAAGCUAUCAAACCAAGAGUCAAAGAGGUGCAGUUGAAAUUAUCCCUUCUAAAAAUUUACAGACGCCAUCAAUAGUUGGUUUAACGUCAUUGAAUAUCUGUUUUAUAGAUGAUGGCGGAUAUGUUCCAAAAGUCUUAACUACAAUCCUGCCACUUUUUGCAUACCGAAUUAUACUUAUCACCAGGUUUUUAAAUACACGAACAACACGACGUGUGCACAUGGAGAGUAGAAUCUUCCGUGAGUGUAUGAAAUCACCCCCGGUUUUUGGUUGGGUUUUCUGUUGCUCAGUAUUAAGUUCUCUACGUUGUGUUUUGAAUAUUUUUGAUUGUCGUUUUAGUCUUUGGCGUUCUUUGUCAUGUCUUUGUCAGUUUAUUUUCGUCUUAUGAUUAUAAAUGUUCCUUUUAUAUCUUUCCCCUCUCUUUUACACGUAAAAUCGUGUAAUAUACUUGUAUCUAACCUAUUUUAUAUCUUGCUUAAAAAGAUAUCACCCCAAAUGGUGUCUUCUUCUUAUCUCAUACAAACAUCCUUUGUUAUACGACCGCAAAUAUCUUGCGUUGUCCGAAGACAUUUGAUUUCCAAACAAUAGCUUACAUAUUAGUGAUUGGAUCUUGAUGAAAUGUUACCACAAGGUUUCAUAUACAAACAUGAAGGUUGGGAUUGAU